AAUUGAAUAUCCGCUUGACUCAAUUUGGUCAUUAGAGAGAGACAGAGAGAGGCCUCCUCCCCAACCUCAAGGUUCAAGAAGGGGAAAUUGAAAAGGGGAGGAAUCCACUCCAAAAAUCUCAUUCCAACACAAGCGCACCGUCUGCGACGAUGAUUUCUUUGGUCUAAUCAUCACAUUAAUCCAUUUUCUCGCAUAGGCAUAGGCGUAGGCAUAGGCAUAGGCAUAGGCAUAGGCAUAGGAUAUAGUCGCCUCCCCCUCAUCUCCCAUUUUUAGCCUUUUCUUCUCCUCAAACAUCCAAAUCCUCAUUUCACCCCUCCCUAUAUCGAGACCCCCCUCAUUUAAUCGCUUCUCGCCAUGAAGAGCUGACGAAUUUGUCGACCCACUUUUGCUUAUUGGGAUUCUAGGGUUUGUUAUUGGGGCCGAUCCUUUUAUCCCUCUCUAGGGUUUGUUAUGGCGUCGAAUGGGCAGGGAAUAGAGCCUGCCUUGUUGGAUGACAUAAUCAAUCGGUUGCUCGAGUUCCGCAAUGCGCGGACUGUGCGUCAGGUGCAGCUCUCGGAGAAUGAGAUCCGCUCUCUCUGUACGACGUCGCGGGAGAUCUUCCUCUCUCAGCCUGUUCUUCUCGAGCUAGAAGCUCCGAUAAAGAUAUGCGGUGACAUUCAUGGGCAAUAUGGGGAUCUUCUAAGGCUAUUUGAAUAUGGGGGAUUUCCGCCAGAGGCCAAUUAUCUGUUUUUAGGGGAUUAUGUGGACCGUGGCAAACAGAGUUUAGAAACUAUAUGCCUUCUUCUUGCCUACAAAAUCAAAUAUCCUGAGAAUUUCUUUCUCUUAAGAGGAAAUCAUGAAUGCGCUUCCAUCAAUAGGAUAUAUGGAUUCUAUGAUGAAUGUAAACGUCGAUUCAAUGUUAGACUCUGGAAAGUUUUUACUGAUUGUUUCAACUGCAUUCCUGUGGCAGCUGUUAUAGAUGAUAAAAUACUCUGUAUGCAUGGUGGGCUUUCUCCUGACCUGACAGACUUGGAUCAAAUAAGAAAUUUACCUCGUCCAUCUGAUGUCCCGGAUUCUGGUCUGCUUUGUGAUUUACUUUGGUCGGAUCCCAGUAGAGAAAUGAAAGGUUGGGGAAUGAAUGAUAGGGGAGUCUCAUACACAUUUGGUGCAGAUAAGGUGGCUGAAUUUUUGAUGCAGCGCGAUAUGGACCUUGUUUGUCGUGCUCACCAGGUUGUUGAAGAUGGAUAUGAAUUUUUCGCUGAUAGACAGCUAGUAACAAUAUUUUCUGCUCCCAACUAUUGUGGUGAAUUCGAUAAUGCUGGAGCCAUGAUGAGUGUGGAUGAGAGUUUGAUGUGCUCUUUUCAGAUUCUGAAACCAUCUGAUAGAAAGCGGUUCUUAUAGAAGCUAGUAUGAUAACACCUGUCUCAUUUCUCCUUAACUGCCCAGCAUUGACCGGAUAGACUGACCGUGCAUGGUAAUUAGGUGAUCUUGUUCGUCACUGUCCCGAGGUUCUCCAGAAAGGCUUAUUUCGUAAGCUAUGUAUUUUUAAUUUUCAUCCACUUUUUCCUUUAAUUUUCUCUAUACUUCUUUAUGAUUCGACUGUGUAAAUACACAUCUAUAUAUCGCAAUUACAAUUGUAGUUUGUUGCUCAUUUUCA